AUGUUGAUUUUCCUGUUUCUUGUUAUUUCAGUCUUUUCCAAAUGUGAAACGAACAUCUGUUCACCGGCAGACGCGAUUUCUGAAAUGAAAACGGAUCUGUUUCCAAAGGCUGAUGCACUUAUUAUUCUCGACCGAAUCGACGAAUACCUGGGUGCGUAUGCUUUCCGCGACACUGCAAAAAAUCCACCACAACCACCAAGUCGUCCUACCUAUCACAAAAAGUUUGAUAUUGAUGCGGAAAUCGCAAAAAUUCGAAUAAAUGUAGAAUCUGCUCCUGAAAAUGUCAACUUUUAUGAUUUCUUUGUUUCACUUCAAAAACUUGUGAAAGGGCCAAGUGAUCUCCACCUCUCCUUGAAAAUAGCGGAUUCAACCAACUAUAAAAUAACACAAUUUUACACGAUGAAUCCAAUUAAUUUCGUUUUCAAAGGAAAAGACGUUUAUCUUCGAGUUGUCAACACAAUUCUUGGACUCUCUCCACAACGUAUUUUUGGCCAGGAGAUCAUCACUUCUCUCAACGAAAAGAUGAACAACAAUUCGAAGAUUAUAAAGAUCAAUGGCGUCGACGCAACACAAUUUCUUUCAAAUUAUGCACUGAAAUAUUACCGCCUGAAAAACGAAAACGGCGCAAUUGCUUAUAUGAAACAACUCUUCGAGGUAUCUCUUUACUCAUCAUUUCCAUAUGAAGAAAACGAUUUAAAAUUUGUGUUAACUUUCUCGGAUAAUACGAGUGUCUCGUUUAAUAGUGUGUUGUACUAUUUGUCACCGUCUCUUUUUAAAUCCAAUGACGAAGCUAUGAAAAUUAAACGAGUGAUCGAUCAAAAGACUAAAAACGAACGCGAUAGGGUUAGCAAUAAUGAAGUAAUCGCUAAAAUUCCAUUUGAAAUUACAAACACUGAUUUCGCUCCGAAGUUGAAAGGGGAAAACGUGUAUGAAUAUACACUUCCAAAUAUCAUUUCAUGCACAAAACGUGUUAUCGAUGAUAUCAAUAUGAACAUUUUAGUCGUCAACUCUUUUUCACCAACUAAAGUGAGCGACUUCAUUACAACUGCAGACAACUGUAUGAAGUUUUUUGAUACGAAUACUCACCCAAUUUUAGUUGUACUCCCAAACAAUGGAGGUGGGUAUGUAAGUGCAGAAGACUACCUUUAUAAACUUUUAUUCCCAUCAACUUAUUACACAAAACGAUACAUCGCACGAAUUAACGAAACAACAGAGAAAGUCAUGAAAGGGGGGUUUGUCAACUCUCUGAUUGAUCCGUUAACAAACACUUUAAGGUCUCGUGACCAACAAUUCUUAAUAACAGGCAAACUAACUGAAUGGUAUUCCAAUCCACAAACAGAUACCUAUGGAGAUGUUUUAUAUACACACACGCAACCUUCAUAUUUGAACUCUCCGUCAAGUGGAACAUAUCAAAUGAAAAACGUCCGAAAGUCGAAUGAAAUAAUUGUGAUGACUGAUCACUUCUGUUUUUCUGCAUGUUCUUUAUUUGCAAAGAAUGUUGUUGAGAAAAAGUCUGCAAUUACUGCAACAUAUUCUGGACUUCCAACUUCGACUUUCAGAGUUGUUGGUGAGUCACCAACUGUUGUCAUUAAAGACGAGGAAAUCACAAGAAAUUACAAUGUCGACUUGGGGACAUUUGGGUUAUCAAUGAAAAUAUCAUUCAUGCCAUCUCUUCCUUCAGAUGAGAGUGACUUUGUCCCAAAUGAAUAUCGCACACAUCAACCAGAAGAGUAUGUUGAUAUAGACUCGUUUGAAGAUACCGAAAGUUCUGUUAUGGAAUUUAUCAAGGCGGCAAUCCAAAUUUAUGAAAAUCACCAAAUUCAAUGUAACGACAACCAAACAAAAAAGGACGAUAGAUGUAAAGAAAGUUCUGACAGCGAAAGUUGGGGUUCACUUUGCAUUAACGGCGUUUUUAAUCCCGAGCAGUGUGAAUUUAUCGAAUGUAGAGAAGGGUAUAUACGAGACAAUAACAAAUGUAUUACUGCAAACCCACAACCAAACGAUGAUCAAGAAACGAGCAAUCAAAUAGAAAGCCACGACCAAGACACCUCUCCAGCGUUUUAUAUAUUCCUUUCGUUAUCAUUUUUACUAUUCGUUUAA